AUGGCUUCUCAUGGUGGUAACAUGUUAUCUUUGGCCAACGCCCAGUCUCUUAUCGCUUGUAUCAUCACGACAGCGCUGAGUAUCGUUGGCCUUAGCUCACUCUUCUCCAGCAAGAGUCAGGACGAGGCCCCCGGCUUAAUCAGGUCCUUCUUCCUCUUCUUUUAUUCUUCUUUCCUCAAACCCCACCAGGGUGACUCCAAGGGCAACCAGCAAGAUGCCCUUGAGAGCUUCUACAAGAAGCAAGCCGGUGCUUAUGAUGCUACUCGAAAGGUCCUCCUCCGUGGUCGCGAGGAUAUGUUGGCUCUUGUCGCCGCACAGAUGCAGGCAAAGCUAAAGGAAACUGCCUCUAAAGAUGGCAACAAGACUAAGCGAAUUUGGAUAGACAUUGGCGGCGGUACUGGCUUCAACAUUGAGGCCAUGGGCGCAUUCGUCGAUGUCCCUACCUUCUUCUCUAGCGUAUACAUCGUUGACUUCUCCCCGUCUCUCUGCGAGGUGGCGCGGAAGCGAUUUGAACGCCUUGGCUGGAAGAAUGUCAAGGUUGUUUGCGAGGAUGCUCGCAAGUUUCGUCUUGAAGAUUAUGAAUCUGGAAUGCCUUCGAAGCCAGUUCCUCCCCGUUCUCCAGCUUUGAGCUACUUUGAUAAGCCACGUCCCGACUUUGGCGGAGCAGACUUGAUCACCAUGUCAUACAGUCUGUCCAUGAUCCCUGAUUACUACUCCGUUAUCGACUCUGUCACUUCUCUCCUGUCACCUCAAGGUAUCAUGGGUGUUGUAGACUUCUAUGUACAGAACAAGGUCGACUUUGCCUUCCGAAACUACACUGGCGGGCUUGUGGAUCGUCAUGUCAACUUCUUGUCGCGAAGCUUCUGGCGAUCCUGGUUCGAUCUCGACCGAGUUGGCCUCGAGCCUAGUCGUCGAGACUACCUCGAGUACAAGUUUGGCACUGUCCUCAACGUCAACACCCGUAACAAGGGAUUGGGAGCCAUUCCUUACUACAUCUGGCUUGGAUGCCACAAGAAGCCUUUCUCGUCAUCCAGUCUCCCCCAUGAGAUUGUUGAGCGCAUUGAUGCUUUGGUCACUGAGUCUCCCUACCUGUAUCCUGCUAACCAUGGAGAUGCCUUGACUCGUGCCAUCGAGAGAUCAGCCCCCGAAAUUCGUUCGAAGGCAUUCCUCACUGCUGUUUCAAAUCUUUCCUCGAACCUACCACUGCCAUCGUUCUUCUACCAGAACCACCACUGGCGCAUCUACUACGAUGAGCAGCUUCCCAAGCAUACUCAGUUCAAGGACGAGUAUAUCUAUGCUUUCACAUGGGAAGACACCCGUGUCGACGAGCGUCUCUUGAAGCUGGGUGCCGAUGAUAAGGUCCUUGCUAUUACUUCCGCUGGCGAUAACAUCCUCUCGUACCUCCUUCAGAGCCCCGCUCGUGUCCAUGCCGUUGAUCUGAACCCCACACAAAACCAUCUGCUUGAACUCAAGGCAGCUUCAUAUACUGCCCUCCCCUAUGAGGAUUUCUGGAAGAUCUUCGGUGAUGGCAAGCAUCCUCAGUUCCGUGAGCUCCUUAUCACAAAACUCUCUCCUCAUCUCUCUGGUCGUGCAUUCCAAUAUUGGCUCAAGAACGUCCACGUCUUUCAGAACAGCAGUGGCCAUGGUCUCUACGACACUGGUGGUUCGCGUCACGCCAUUCGUGUUUUCCGCUGGAUCGCUAGACUCUUUGGUCUGCAGAAGGCUGUGAAGCAGCUACUUGAAGCCAAGACUCUUAACGAACAGCGAGAAAUUUGGCGCCACAAGAUUCGCCCUGCACUUCUAUCUAAGCUUGUUUGCAACUUGGUUGUGUCUCAGGAGAGCUUCCUCUGGGCUGCACUUGGUGUUCCCAAGAACCAGUUGGCCAUGAUUGAGGCUGAUCAUGCUGACUCGGACUUGGUCAAGGGCCCCAAGCCCACUGCUAAGAAUACUCGCUCCCACGCCAUCUGGCACUAUAUGGUCAACACUCUCGAUCCUGUUGCUGAGGAGACUCACAUCGCUGCUGACAACCCUUACUACUAUGUCUGCAUGGAUGGCAAAUUCUCACCCAAGUGUCAUCCUGACUAUCUCAGUCCCCGUGCCCAUGCAAAGCUCUCUCGUCCCAACGCUCUUGACGGCCUUCGCAUCCACACCGAUGAGCUCGAGGAAGUUAUCGCGCGCAUUACUCCUGGCACUUUGACUGUUGCUGUUGUCAUGGACAGCAUGGACUGGUUUGAUACCGGAUCUCGUGCCGCUGCUGCUCAGAUUACAAAGCUGAACCGGGCGUUGGCAAUGGGUGGCCGUGUCCUCCUUCGUUCUUCUGCUUUGACUCCUUGGUAUAUCAAGGAGUUUGAAAGCCACGGCUUCACUCCCAAGCGACACGGCGCUCGCAUCGACGGAGCUUGCAUUGAUCGAGUCAACAUGUAUGCCAGUUGCUGGAUCUGCACAAAGUCUGAGAACUUGCCGCCUCCUACACCUGAGAUGGAUCGAGCUGGAGGAUCUGAGAUCACAUCACUAACUAUUUGA